AUGGAGAUUCAAGAGUGUCCAAGACUAAGCAAUAUGUUAUCCAGUGAUGUCAAAGUUGAUUUGCAAGGUGAGGACAAAUCUAAUCCAUUAACUCAUUUUUCACCUACUAAUGAUCUGGAUGAAUUGAAUAAGAACAAUCAAGAGAAAAUUGAGAAUGAUUUGCUUAGUAGAGAGUUUAGUUCUCGUGAGAGUGCAUAUAAGUUUUAUGUACAGUAUGGUGGUGAAAGAGUUGGUGGUGGAGAUGAAGACGGAGUUGGUGGUUGUGGUGGUGGGGAUGGCAGUUGUGGAGGUGGUGGUGGUGGUGGUAGUGGCAGCAUGGUGGUGGUGGUGGAUGUGGAGGUUUUGGAGGAAGUGGUGGUGGUGGUGGCGGUGGUGAAUGAGGAGGAGGUGAUGUUGGAGGUGGCGGUGGGGGAGGAUGAGGAGGAGGAGGAUGUGGUGGUUGUGGUGGUGGUGGCGGCUGUGGUUGUGGAGAUAGUAAAUGUGGUGGUGCAAGUGGUGGAGUUGGAUGUGGAAGUGAGGUGGUGUCAUUUUUUAAAAUGA